AUGGUGCGAGAAGAACACGUGAUUAGUAGAAAAACAUCCCGAGGCCAUCCCCAAAGAACGAUGCUAACCCUCUCGAUAGGCGUCGCCAUGGGGAUGGUGAUGGCAGCGGCAGUUGUCGUAUUUCCCGCUGAAGCUGCCGGACUCACCAACUGUCCACCCGGGUGCCAAUGUGAUGACGACAACCUGGUGGUGACGUGCGGUGAGGGUCAGCUGGAUGUACUGCCGAUCGUACUGAAUCCCUCCAUCCAACGACUAGUCAUCAAGAACAACAAGAUCAAAACGAUCGAUUCGUCGAUGCAGUUCUACGCUGAUCUUACCUUCCUAGAUCUUAGCUACAACCAUCUGUUCAAUAUGCCACCGCGAACCUUCGCUUACCAGCGUAAGCUUACCGAGCUGCACCUAAACCACAACAAGGUGGGCUCGAUCACCAACAAAACGUUUGUCGGCCUGAUAGCCCUCACGGUGCUUAAUUUGCGUGGAAACUUCCUCGACGAGCUACCGGAAGGUGUGUUUUCGGGAGUUCCAAAGCUCGAAGAGCUAAAUCUUGGUCAGAACCGAAUCGCCAAGAUCGACCCGAAAGCUUUCGUUGGGUUAACAAACUUGCGCGUCCUGUAUCUUGAUGAUAACACAAUCAGCAGUGUGCCAUCGCCCGCGUUAAGCCCCCUGCGUUCCCUCGGUGAGCUGUAUAUAGGACUCAACUCGUUUGCUUCCAUCCCGAAGGAAGCGUUUGGCAUGCUAACGGGUCUUAGUCGACUCGAUCUUGACGGUGCUGCGCUGUUGAACGUUACACGGGACAGUUUUCGAGGUUUGGAGCGUUUGCGGGCGCUCGAUCUGUCCGACAAUCGAUUGAGUCGCAUCCCGACGGCCGAGUUGGCAGUUCUUGAGCGGCUAGAGGAACUAGCACUAGGUCAGAAUGAUUUCGAAAGCAUACCGGCCAACGCAUUCGCCGGAUUAAGCAAUCUACGGCUAUUGGACAUAUCAGGAUCGCUAAAGCUGACCCGUGUUGAGAGUGGAGCGUUUGCACAGAACACAAACCUUGAGGAGAUUGUAAUUGCGUCUAAUAAGGCUCUAACGGAUAUCCAGGAAGGUGCGCUGAGCGGGUUGCCACAUCUGAGACGCAUUGUGCUAAAGGAUAAUGCUCUAUCCACGCUUACCGAUGGGAUGCUAUCAUGGAACGAGCUGGUCGAGCUGGAUCUAUCGGAGAAUCCACUGCUUUGUGACUGUCAGAUCCUGUGGCUACGGAAUCUGCUUGUGAGCAGAAGUAAUGUGACAGCGGCCGGUCAUACACCAACCCAACAGAUUCCGGUUGUCUGUGCUGCUCCGGAUCGGUUACGCGACCAAGUUCUACAGAGUCUCUCGCCGGAACUGCUCGGUUGUACCCAUUCCGAUCGUCAACAGCAAGCCAUCAUCUGUGUGGUGUUGGUUAGUGCUGCCGCAAUACUGACAGCACUCGCACUCGUCAUCUACAAGUGUCGCCGACGCAUCCAGGAAGUGGUGAAGGGUAGCUGGGGCAGCAACGGCAUCGGACGGAAGGAGCGCGAGUAUCAGAAGACAUUCUCCGAGGAAGACUAUUCCGCGCGUCAUCCACAUCCAGGGCCACCGGGCGGUGGGCUAGCCAUUCAUCCGACCACGCUGAACAACUAUCAAAUCAACAACCACCAUCACCAUUCGCACGGCAUCCGGCACAUCCCGGUCACGGAACUAUAGCU